UUCCCCAAUGGGAACUCCACAAAGGAGAGCAGCAGAGACACAUCAAAGCCAGAUGCCCCAGAUGCCGUGGAUAUGCGGAGACACCACCAUGCUGGAGCAGAUCGAGAGGAAGCGCACCCUCUGCAUGGAGAUCCGCUCCAGACAGCAUCCACACCUGCAGAGAUCUCUGGAGAAGCCUCCUCCUCCUCUUCCUCCUCCUCUGGACAGGAACGAGGACAGGCACCAGGAGCGAAGUCAGUGCAAGCAGGAAAGCGCAUCUGUCCUCCCAGGCUGGGGGAAAAGCAGCGGGACCAAGAAGAUCCGUCCUCCCCCUUACCCCACACAGACGACUGUAUUCUGGGACACAGCCAUCUGAAAUUAACAAGAAACUCUAGACCUCCCUGCCACACAACCCACAAUUACCCACUCCCUCUCCCUGCCGGGUUGUACUGAUUCUUUCCCUGCAACAUCAGGGGCUUCAGGGCAGCCGCUCAGAGGACCGGAGGGAUGAUACUCGCUGAUGUCAAAGGAC